UCCAGUUGAAUUAACACAAAUGCCGUCUUAUUUUUGCGAGGAAAGGAUCAUAGCGUGAGUGAAGCCGGACGAAUAGUAGACGAACAACAUACAGCGGGCGACUGACAUCGUCAUCCCGGUACGAUAGCUCCAAAGCAACGUUUGCGAGGUACAGGGAGGGAGAGUAUCGCGAGGAUCGCGAGUGCGGCGGCCGAUUGAUUGGCAACGACGUCGUUGUCGUUGUCAUCGUCGUCGUCUGCUGUUGUUGGACAAACAUCGUCGUCAUCGCGUCCGUCGUCUACUUCCUCGUCCGAUCGCAACACGAAGUGGACCGGGGUGAGAAGACGAAACGAGAGGAGUGAUCCAGCUACGAGCCCACCACAAUGAGCUUCCUAUUUGGGAGCAGGUCUUCAAAGACCUUUAAACCAAAGAAAAACAUCCCUGAGGGCACACAUCAAUAUGACUUGAUGAAACAUGCAGCUGCCACAUUGGGAUCUGGAAAUUUGCGAUUAGCUGUUAUGCUUCCUGAAGGAGAAGAUUUGAACGAGUGGGUGGCUGUUAAUACUGUUGAUUUCUUCAAUCAAAUCAAUAUGUUAUAUGGCACCAUCACAGAAUUUUGCACAGAGGAGAGUUGUCCCAUCAUGUCUGCUGGACCAAAGUAUGAGUAUCAUUGGGCAGAUGGUCAUACAGUGAAAAAACCUAUCAAGUGCUCAGCACCCAAGUACAUAGAUUACUUGAUGACCUGGGUACAGGAUCAAUUAGAUGAUGAGACUCUAUUUCCAUCUAAAAUCGGAGUACCUUUCCCGAAAAAUUUCUUAUCAAUCGCAAAAACUAUCUUGAAACGGUUAUUCAGAGUAUAUGCCCAUAUUUAUCAUCAGCACUUCAGCGAAGUUGUGCAGCUUGGCGAGGAAGCACAUUUAAAUACAUCGUUCAAGCAUUUCAUAUUUUUUGUUCAGGAAUUCAAUUUGAUUGAAAGAAGAGAGUUAGCACCGCUGCAAGAACUAAUAGAAAAAUUGACGGCGAAAGACGCGCGAUGAGUCUGCCUAUAAUCUACGAUUCAUUCGUCACUUCAAAACCUCUCCAAAGAAUCUCUCAACAUUGUCUUUGCUCGCAUAUGUAACCAUAUUAUUUAUCCAUUAAUGAUUAAUCUCACGAUCUCUAUCUCCACGUAAAAAACAAAAGUGUACUGUUGUUGUUUUCUGUUGUUUUCGUUAGAAAAAAUGACUGAUUACACGAAUGAAUAAUUCCAAAAUCUUUUGACGGUGAUAUAUUCUAUAUACUUUCUAAAUACAUAUACAUGCGCACAUAGUCACUAUCAAGUAAAUAAGAAUAACUAAUUUUGAGACGUCUGAUUUCGUGACAUAUUGCUUUUUUCGAGCAUGUUUCAUUGUCGAUUGUAAUUUGUUGCGCCUUAUCAAUCUAAUAUGUGAAAUCUCGCUAAUACGUGAGAGAGACAGAGAGAAAAAGAUAAUUCGAAAGCGCGUAUCGAUACAAAUCAUAAAUUUAUCUCGGAAAAAAAACAUUUAAAAAAUAUUAAAUAAACGCGUUCUUUUUCGCAAACAAACAAGACCAUCGUUCAUAGGUUUUGUUUGUCUCUCUGAUUUACAUUUUUGUUAUUAUUAUAUAUUAUCACUAUUAUCGGAUGUAAAAAUACUGUCGCUAUUAUAUGAAUAUAGAGAUUAUUGAUUGUUUUA